AACUUUUCCUUUUAUGGCAUCGAACCUAUAACUGUCUUUUGAAGAUUUGAAGACUUGUUUUAUCAUAUAAAAAGGAGGAAGCUAAUGAUCAGAGAUACUCAAAGACACAUCCAUCGCCUGAACAUUCUUGAGAUUCUCUGCUCAUACGGUGCACCUGAGCUGGACAUCUGAAGCGAUGCUCACAAACAUGAUUGUGUUGCUGUGUUUGUCUGCGCUGUUUCCCGUGUUGAUGUGCGCUGAAGAUGGCAAAUCCAGAUGUCUUCUUGCCAAAGACUGCUCUGAUGUUUAUGCAUGCGGAUACAGUACCAGUGGUGUGUACAUCGUCACCUCAGCAGAUGGACCGCUGCGGAUCUACUGUGAGAUGGUCUCUGGUGGAGAAAACGACAGAGGACAGUGGGCGGUGAUUCUCAGGCGGAUGAACGGCGAGGUGAAUUUCUUUAGGCCGUGGGAGAGUUAUAAAUGGGAUUUUGGUAAUAAAGCUGGUGAAUACUGGCUGGGUUUAGAGUUUAUUCACCAGCUGACGCGCAGAUACAAGUAUAAACUCAGAGUAGAUGUGGAGGACUUUGAUGGGAAGAAGGCUUACGCUCUGUACAACUCUUUCUCUGUGGGAUCUGAGGCUGAUGGGUACGAACUGCAAGUGAGCGGCUUUGUAGACGGAGGAGCAGGUGAUUCUUUGAGUUAUCAUAAUGGAAUGAAGUUCUCCACCUUUGACAAAGACCAAGAUCUUUCAGGAGGCAACUGCGCUUUGAAAUACUAUCAAGGAGGAUUUUGGUACAACAAAUGUUAUUACACAAACCCCACCGGUCACUAUCUGUGGGAGAAAGAUAAUAAAGUGACAAAUAUUGGAGCCACUUGGUACAACUGGAAGAAGAGCUGGGACUCUCUGAAGUCCAUCACCAUGAAGAUCAGACGUGUGAAGUAGAGCAGGGUUUGCUUCCUUUAUAUGUGCUUCAUAGCCUUAAUGCUUCACUGCAACUUGUGCACAUCCAUGACUUUUAUGCAUGCAUGAUUUUAUUAAAAUAUGGUGACAAACAA